AUGAUGCCCAAGAGCAAUAACGACGACACCUUCGAUGACACUCCUAAUACCAUUAUCUCCAAGGAGGGGGGUGAUAUGCUUGUAGAAGAAGGAGAUAAUGACGAAGAAGAAUCAAAGGAUCAAUUGCCGAUAUGCUGUCACUUGGACAAGAAUCUCAAGGGCAUGUUUCGAGUGACAAGGGCCAAAAGCAAGGCAUUCCAAUCGGGGGGAUUUGGGGUCACUGUGUCCACAGAAGUGUCCACAGGACAAGAAGACAAUGGAGACAAUGACGAUGAUGAUGAUGAUGACAAUAAUGGAGAUACUACCAAGUCUUCCAAUAGAGAAUCCCAUGAAUAUUUGUUUUUAGAAGAAGUCCUCUUUCUCUUUGAGCAAGGCAUGCUGGAGUGUCACGACAUCCACAAUGACGACACGCCUCAACAGCAAGAACCUCCAGUUGUACUCACCGCUCCCACACUCUACGGAUAUCUGGAACCCUUUCACGUCCCCACCGUGGCCUAUUUGACGUAUGCGCAUUUGCGACAACAAACCUUUCGCGUCGUUCGCUACACCGAACAACGAUUGGCGCUACUCCAAGAUAAUGAUGGCAGCACGACACGACACCGACGACGGCUCCGAAAAGACGUUCAAACGGCGCCUCCACCGACACUUGCCACAACCACCACACCGACAAAGUUUGCCUAUUGCGUCUAUCCCCCCUCGUCCCAAUUUGCCAAGACGCAUCCGGGCAUGCCGUCCUUUUUGGUAGCUGUCACGCACUACAAUCAAUCCAGUCUCGACUAUGCCACGGUCCGCACACUGCUACAACAAGCCCAAGGCAUUCCCAUUAAAAUUGCCACCGUGUCCGAUUCCGGAACCGUCGUUAUGUUUGGCAUUACCGACCAUGGAGUCCCCCCGUUGCACAAAGAGAGUAGUACUGAAGCAAACAACAACAACAACAAAGAUAGCUAG